AUGCCGCUUCCAGUGAACUACAAUUACUACCACUUUCACCCCAACAAAGUCAUCGGCAUCGUUGCUACCGCCCUCUAUGGCACCAGUGCGAUCUUUCAUAUCGUGCAACUAUGGCACGCUAGGGCCUGGUACUUCCUGUCGCUGCUCACCGGCGCCUUCAUGAUGACUCUCGGCUACAUAUUUCGCGUCAUGGGCGCCGAAGACCCGACGAAUUUCGGCCCCUUCGUAGCGCAAUCCAUCUGCAUCGUGCUGCCGCCCGCCUUCUACGCCGCCACGAUCUACAUGACCUACGGCCGCAUCGUCAACCACGUCGGACGCGACGACCUCUCGCUCGUGUCCGCCCGCAAAGUCACCAAAAUUUUCCUCUGGGGUGACAUUAUCGCUAUCAUCGGCCAGUCCACCGGCGGCGGACUGACUCCCAACGGCGGCAGUAUGGCUAAGAUCGGCGACGGAAUCACAGUGGCGGGUCUGUUCGUGCAGCUCGUCUUCUUCGGCUUCUUCCUCGUUGUGACCAUCGUUUUCGAGCGCAGGAUGCAUGCAGAGGCGUUUAAGCGGCCGUAUCCGAAGUGGCUGAUCCUCAUCUGGGUGUUGUUUUUCGUAGCGGCGCUGAUCAUUAUUCGGUGCAUCUUUCGAAUUAUCGAGUAUAUCCAAGGCAACGAGGGGUAUUUGGCUACUCACGAGGUGUAUUUGUAUUGCUUUGAUACGUUGCCCAUGUUCGUCGUCCAGGCCAUCUUUCAUUUCUGGCACCCCGGAAAUAUCCUCCGACCGAAGGAGGCGCAGGGGAUUCCUUUGACGUCUCAGGGCACGGACUCGGAAGAAGCGACGGCGUGA